AUUGCCUGAUGUGAAUAAACUGGUAGUUGCCAAACUGAUAAAUUGCGGAACAUUCUAAAUCGAGCAUUCGUCAUAUCUACAACUCAUUACAAUCUCUCAAGUUGAGAUAUAGAGAAAGUAUCUAAAAAAGGAAUCACUUCCGAAAAAAUAUAUUGUUCUUAUGCUGAGAGAAUAUUUUACAAUUAAUGGUCUUUAGGAACGAUAAUGGAUGAAAAUAUUAAUAAUACCCAGGCCCGUCUUCGGAAGAACCAAGGGGCUAAAGUUGAGACAAAAGAAUAUGAAGAAUGUAAGGCUAGAUUUGAUUAUGCCAAAGAUAACUUGGACGAUAAUGAUGAUAAAAGUGUACCCCCAUUAUCUUUUGAAAAUUCUUGGACGGAAGGACAGAGACUUUCAUUUAAUGUAAAACAACAAUGGCAAUUUCUUGUAUUCUUCCUAUCUCUUUGUAUAUCUAUGUAUUUCUUAACUAUAUACAACGAAAGACAAUUAAUAAAAAUAAAAGAGGAAUACGCUAUGAAUGUAAAGCAUGAAGAAUUUUGGUGGCAAAAAGCUUUUAUUUAUAGGAUUGAUGUUGGACAGUUUGUUGAUUCGAACAAGGAUGGUGUUGGGGAUUUUUUAGGAAUCGUUGCAAAAAUUGAGUUAUUGAACUCUCUAUUGGUCGAUGCAAUAUUAAUUGAAAAUGCCUUCUCGCAAACUGAAUCUGGAGCAAUAUUAAAUUUUUACGAUGCCCACUCAAAAUAUGGCGGAUUGGAAGAGUUUAAGCAAAUGAUUUCAGUAUUGAAGGAAUCUGGUGUAAGAGUUUUAUUAAGGGUGAGACCCAAUCAAACUAGCAAACUUCAUAAUUGGUUCGUAUUAAGCGAGACAUGUGGAGAUUGUAAAGAAAAAGAUUACUAUAUAUGGGCAGACUGUUCUCCUGGUAAACCCCCAAAUAACUGGAAAAAUAACAGAGGAGAAUCAAUAUGGAAUUAUAGUGAAGUUAGAAAACAAUGCUAUUUAAGUCAAUUAGGUGGGAAACUUGCCGACUUAAACUUUCGAAAUGUAAAUGUAAUUAACGAGUUUAAAAAUAUAUUCAAAAAAUGGUUAAAAUUAGGCAUCGAUGGCUUCCUUUUAGACGAACUUGAUUUAUUGUACGAAGAGGAAGAUUUAUCUGUAGAUGAAGUAGUAGACGAUGUGGAAGUAAACGAGGAAGGAGAAACUAUUAAGAUUGAUACGUCAAAAGAAUUGACAAGAAACAGACACGAAGUUUAUGAUUUAUUAGCUCUAUGGCGAGAAGUGUUUGAUACCUAUCAGAUAAAAAAUAACGUUCAACUUUUUAUUUCCUGUCAAUUUCUGGAGCCUGACAUGCCCUCAGAAUCAGCACGAUAUUUUGACACUGGAAUAGACGCUCCAAUAAAAACAUUUAAUGUUGUUCCCAAGUGUGGUAGCAUGUGUUUUUACCAAGAAAUUGACAGUUGGAUCACCGAAGUUCCAUCAAACAAAGUCUCCUCUUGGGGUCUUGAUGGAAAACAUUCCGUUUUACAUGAUUUAUUAAUUAUGACUCUUCCAGGAACUGCUUUUAUCCAAAGAAAUUUAUCAGAUGAUUCCGCAUUGAAAACAUUCGAAAGACUAUCUAAUCUUAGAAAAGAACAUUCCUUUCUUAAUGGAAAAUUCAAUUAUGCUGUUAUAACGAAUUCUAUACUUUCAUAUGUUCGUUACGCAAGGCGUUUCCUUCCUUACUUGGUUGCUGUGAAUUUUGGUGAAAAGACAGAAUCUAUCGAUUUUACAGAAUCUACAAAUUACAUGAGCGGUGAAAUAAUGGCAGUUACGAAUCCAACUGGUAAAUCCUUCAAUCAAUUAUAUCAGAAAGUUGGAUUAAAAGAUCUGAAGCUUAAUGACGGAGAAGGAGUUGUAAUCAGAUUACUUCCAGAUGACCUUUGA